AUGCGGCCGCAAUUGCUUCGUGCGGCCGCGCGUUCGAGACAAUUCGCCAAUGCCAGAUCUUGUCGUACCUUCACGACCACCGCGCGGAGAAGCGCUGAAGUCGAACUAACCAUUGAUGGCAAGAAGGUCUCAAUCGAAGCUGGCUCCGCUCUGAUUCAAGCUUGUGAGAAAGCUGGUGCCACCAUUCCAAGAUACUGUUACCAUGAAAAAUUAGCGAUUGCAGGAAACUGUCGUAUGUGCUUGGUAGAGGUGGAAAAGGCUCCCAAACCCGUUGCAUCAUGUGCCUGGCCUGUCCAGCCUGGUAUGGUUGUGAAGACCAACUCCCCAUUGACACACAAGGCUAGAGAGGGUGUGAUGGAAUUCCUACUUGCAAACCAUCCUCUUGAUUGCCCCAUCUGUGACCAGGGAGGCGAAUGUGAUCUCCAAGAUCAGUCCAUGCGUUACGGUGCCGAUCGCGGUCGAUUCCACGAGACAGGCGGAAAACGUGCGGUUGAAGAUAAGAACAUUGGCCCCCUCAUUAAGACCUCUAUGAACCGUUGCAUCCACUGCACCCGAUGCGUUCGUUUCAUGAAUGAUGUUGCCGGAGCCCCUGAGCUUGGUACUUCUGGACGAGGAAACGACAUGCAAAUCGGAACAUAUUUGGAACAAAACAUCAGCUCCGAACUUUCCGCAAACGUUAUCGACUUGUGCCCUGUCGGUGCCCUCACCUCUAAGCCCUACGCUUUCCGUGCCCGUCCAUGGGAACUCAACCACACCGAAUCCAUUGAUGUUCUAGAUGCUCUAGGCUCAAACAUUCGUGUAGAUGCUCGUGGAAUGGAAGUUAUGCGAAUUAUCCCCAGACUCAAUGACAACGUUAACGAAGAAUGGAUCAACGACAAGACUCGGUUUGCAUGCGACGGCUUGAAGACCCAGAGACUGACCACACCCCUCAUCCGCCGUGAAGGAAAAUUUGUUCCAGCAACUUGGGAGCAGGCCUUGACCGAAGUGGCUUCUGCACAUGCUAGACUCAGCCCUAAGGCCAAUGAAUUCAAGGCUGUAGCGGGUCACCUAGCAGAGACCGAGUCUCUUGUUGCUAUGAAGGACCUGGCCAACAAGCUUGGUUCCGAUAACUUCGCCCUGGACCAGCCUAACGGCAGCUCACCAAUUGCUCACGGCAUUGACGUACGCUCGAAUUAUCUCUUCAACUCGAAGAUCUUUGGGGUUGAGGAAGCUGACGCUAUUCUCCUUGUCGGUACCAACCCUCGACAUGAGGCCGCAGUGCUGAACGCUCGUAUCAGGAAACAGUGGUUGCGCUCUGACCUUGAAAUUGGUCUUGUUGGAGAGACAUUUGACAGCACCUUUGAAUUCGAACACUUGGGAACUGAUUUCAGCAGCCUCCAGUCUGCUCUCUCGGGCGAGUUUGGCAAGAAGCUUGCUUCUGCUAAGCGACCUUUGAUCAUUGUUGGAAGCUCUAUCGCCGAGCAUGCCGACGCCAAGUCUGUGUUCGAGACAGUUGGUCAGUUUGUCGAGAAGAAUGCUUCGACAUUUAGAACUCCUGAGUGGCAAGGCUAUAAUGUAUUGCAGAGAGCCGCUUCCCGUGCGGGAGCAUAUGAGGUUGGCUUCACAACUCCUUCGCCAGAAGUUGCAAACACCACACCAAAGAUCGUAUGGCUACUUGGUGCCGAUGAAAUUAGCGCCAGCGAUAUUCCCAAGGAUGCGUUUGUCGUGUACCAAGGUCAUCAUGGAGACCGCGGUGCGCAACUGGCCGAUGUUGUCCUUCCUGGUGCAGCAUACACUGAGAAGUCUGGAACUUACGUUAACACGGAGGGACGUGUCCAGGUAACACGUGCUGCUACAUCUAUGCCUGGAGCUGCUCGCGAUGAUUGGAAGAUCAUUCGAGCAGCCAGUGAGUUCCUGGGUGCUCCUCUCCCAUAUGAUGAUAUUGAGGCUCUCCGUGACCGCAUGGAGGAAAUCAGCCCUGCCCUUCGCAGAUAUGAUUUGGCCGAGUCUACCUCGGUAGCAUCUCUUUCCAAGGUUCAAUUGGUUGAUCAAAACAAGGGCUCCAAGUCUACUGGUAGCCCCUUCAAGACGGCUAUUGAAGAUUUCUAUUUCACAGAUUCUAUCUCUCGAAGCUCUCCUACGAUGGCUCGUUGCUCAGCUGCCAAGGCUACAGGCAACCCUGAAACGAAUUUCAUGGCUGCCGGCGAGAUGUCACCACAAGCAGUCUAUGGAAACCUGUGA